CUCCCCGUCUCUCUUCCCUUUUCCCUUUGCCCAUCUCUCCUCUCCUGCAAAAAUGAAAAAAAAAAACACACACACACACAGAACAACACAAAAGAAAAGAAAAGAGACCGAUGUCGUGACGCAUCCAUCCAUCCGUUGGAGGACAAUUCACUGAGUGAGACGCAGCCAGCCAGGAAAACCUCUCUCUCUCUCUCUCUCUGUGUCUCUGUCUCUUUUACAGUCUGUCUGUGUAUAUAUAUAUAUGUGUGUGUGUAUCUGUGGACAUACACCCUUGCUGAAGCAUACACCUCACAAGGAGCUAGCCUACGAAUUGAAUAUCUUGACUUGCUUCUUGAUGUUCGCCAUGAUCUCUGGUCUCCGCCCACAUAAAGUUAUUUCUUGUACUCCGCCAUGAUCCCUCUGAUUCUCUGCAUGUCCCACGGCGUCUUUCCCUGUUGUCAUGAGAUGAGAUGAGCACAUCACUCAACCAUCGAUGGUGUGAAUGUCUGUGUGUACUCACGUCGUUGUCUGGGAUGUCGAGCAGAUCACCUUUGCCCCACUCGAGCCUUUGAGAAUGACACAGAGACAGAGACAGAAUGGAAGAGACACUCGCGUCAGUCAGUCAUCUGUGUCGCUCACAGCUGAGACACAGUUGCAGAGUGUCCAUUGGAUGCAGCCCAAUGGAGUGCCGUCCAGUUGUCCUGUGUGUGUCAUGCAAACAGGCAAAGGCAAUCAAUCAGAUGAGAGGCAUUCUGUGUUUCGCGCGUGAGGUCUCACCUUGUUUGUCUGAGUGAGCAGCCUUUUCCCUCCCUUGGCAUACAGAGCCUUCAGCACAUGGACACGACCAUUGAAGGCAGCAAUGAUGAAUGGCGUUUCGCCAUCCUGCAAUCAACACACACACACACACUCGGCACACUGAGGUGUCAGAGACAUGUGUGUGCUCUGUUACCUCGUUGCGAGUAUCGAUCAGUUCGGCAUCCCACUCCAGCAGCUGAUUGACCGCCGCAGGACGGCCCCCCCCCGGCAGCCCAGUGCAGAGCAUUCUCACCAAACUGCAUUCCAUCACAGCCAACACACAUCUUCCCUGGUGACUACCAGCACACAGGAUGGUUUGUCUGUGUCGGUACCGCGUCUGUUGUUUGCUGCAGUACGUCAGGUUUGCUCUCAUGGAUGACUUUCAUGACGUCGACGUGACCGUAAAGCGCAGCCAGGAGGAAGGGUGUGAGCUGCGCGCAUUGAUGAGAACACACAGCCAGACCACUGAGUGCAUUUCUGUCGUCUUUCGCGAUUGCACACCUCGUACUCGUCUCGUUUAUCGAGUAUGUCUUCUCCCUCCUCAGCGAUGAGCGAACCAACGAGGAGCGAAUCUCCGGUCCUGACAGCUUUGAAGAUGUCAUUCUGACACACAAGCAGCACAAGAACAGCGAACCAUUGACGUGUGGGGUUCAGCUGCUGUCGCCCUUACGUGUUUGAUCAGAGGUUGCGGGAGUAUUUGCUGAGCCUGGUGGAGGACGUUGUGGGCCAGGAGGGCGAGGUUGUUGGCGGCCGACGUGGUGCGGUCAAGCUGCUCCUGCAGCUGCACGAGGGACAGUUCGGCAGACGUCCCUGCAUUGCAACAGUGCACCCCCCCACAGACACACGCACAUAUGAUCGCAUGGCGCACGUAUUCCUCGUUGAUGGACACACAUGGACGCACCGGCAGACCAGAAUGAAUGCGCAUGCAGGACGGACUUACUCUGCUCACGGGUGCCAUUGGCGGUGACGAGGAGUUCUACGAGGAUGGUCAGUGCGACCAGAAAAAACGUCUUGUGCCGAUGGCACGCCCAUGCACGCAUGGACGGACUUGCGGGCGCGAUUGACGAGGUGGAUGCGUUGGGGUUCAGAGUGAAACACAUCAU